GCGUGUAGGACGACCUCGGCCGUGCCAGCAGCUACAGUUGUGCAGUUGGAGUUUGUGACUUUGUGCAAACUUUGAAUCCUUACGAGUGGCAGACGGAACGAACAAUGGACAAACAGGGAUCAGACGGAAAGCCGAUUAAGUACUAUCGACUGUCGGAAGUUGAGGAACGUAACUCUUCCAAGUCGACGUGGAUAAUAAUCAACCACAAAGUCUACGACGUGACAAAGUUUCUCGAGGAGCACCCAGGUGGAGAGGAGGUGCUCAGAGAACAGGCAGGCGGUGAUGCUACAGAGAGCUUUGAGGACGUAGGCCACUCUACAGAUGCAAGGGAUAUGUCCAAAAGCUUCCUCAUAGGAGAGCUCCACCCAGAAGACAGGCAUAAGAUUGCCAAACCACCGGAAGCACUUGUCACAACUGUUCAAGAAUCCUCAAGCUCAUGGUCCAACUGGUUGAUCCCGGUCCUUGCUGCGGCAAUCGUCACAUUGAUGUACCGUAUAUAUACAGCUGAAGAGGCGUGACUGACAUUCCAACUCUCUGAACUGUUGGCUCUUGGUCUGACCCAUAUAUACCAGAAUUUUCUGAACAUGCUGAACUAUAACACUCAUAAAUCAUUUCAGGGUUUGUUUUCACUGGUCAAAAAUAUUAUGAUUAAUGAAGGUUUUUUGAGUUUGUGUUUUAAUUUGUCAUGAUGUAUGUCUCCCAUCUAACCCACAGAAUCUGAAUAUUGAUAUUUUAAACCUCUCACAAAUAUGUUGAUAUAUGCACCUGCAAAGUGUAUUUUGAAUGUACACAAAACAUAAAUGUAUAAAAAUGUUUCAUUACUGUAUGAAUUUGUCAUUGUGCAAAAAUAAUGUAGUAGUUAUUGCAGACUCAACAGAUACCAGUUCUUACAAAAAGUGGAUCUCUGAUUCUGGAGGGUGUGAAUCAUGCAAAUCCAUUUGGAAAAGCACCAUUGGUCAAGAAUCUCACAUGCCCUAGGCUUUGAUUUCAGACAUAGGCUUACACUGCCAUUCAUGAGAGAAAAACCUUCAAACAUACACGCACAUACACAUGCGUUCUGAUAUACAGCAAUUGGCACUGAAAUACCAUUGCAGGAACUGGACAGUUUUUUUUGAUGUGGCACUGCAAUGCAUGCUGCAGUUUUUGUUAGUUCAGACCUGGAAACCUGAUUCAUUUCGUAUUCUUGUCUUUCCUGGUCCUUCACAUAACCUACUGAUUCGAAUCAGGUCUGAUGUGAAUAACCGUGUGGGUUUACAAUUCUACAAGGUGCUCAAACAUUCCAUGCUAAUCCACUGAAUGCAAGUCAAGUCAUUUGCUGUUACCUGUUCAGAGGAUCUGACAAGAGGAGGACAUGACUAGUACAUCAUAAUAAGCAAGAUGAUCUGAGUUAUUCUUUAAAAAAGUGAGCAUCAUACAUGCAGUACAUGCUUGCACAUGGCUACUGUUGCAAUAUUAAAACUUCAAUCAAAAGCAACACCAUGGAGUCCCUAGGCUCACCCAUGGUUGAUGUACAAAUCAUACAAGUUCUUUGGCUGGGGUGUGCACCUUGUUGAGGGUGUUGUCAUUUGAGAUUGGAGGCCUAAUAUCUGAAAUUCUUUUAAAAAUUAACAGAGUUCCUUGACUGAGGUAAAUGCAGUCUAUUAGUUACACAUCUUGGAUUAAUCACGUUACAUAAUGGAUUAUGUACUAUUAAUAAACAGAUUACGUGAAA